GUCAAGAGCUGACUUGAGAUGAUAGGGGUAGCUGCAUUUGAUCACUGCCGAGCGAAAGUCGCAGCUGUUGCAUUUGUGAUCUUUGCAGAGCGCAACGUUAUUGUACCACAAAAAACUCACAUGACGUCGAAUAAAGGAAUGCAUAGCAUCCCCACUGGCGGGCACGAGGCCGCGGACACAAAAUGACCAGAACCUUGUGCACCCUAGCACGCAUGGUCGCGCUGCUUCUCUUUUGUUUCAGAAUUACUCGCUGCCUUCUAUCUGCACUAGCUAGACAAGCUCCUACCCACGGUAUGGCGCCACCACACGCAACCAAUGAACUAUCACAACAGCAACGACCGUGGCAUUGCAAGCACUCCUUUAAACUUGCACCUUUGACACGGCAGACGCUGACGCCAAGCGAAUUGGAGUCAUCGCGGACAGUCGCGGAGCUAUGACUGUUGCCCACCGCCCACCGACGCCUUGCCCUCAGGCCGCGUGCUGCCGCAAGACCCCCCCCCCCCAGGUGGGGCGCGCGCUGCAGCCGGUGCGUGGCGGCAGCGGCACUUUCUUCCGUGGCUACAACACGCCGGACUUUGUGGCGCUGCUGCGUGGCUGGGGGGCUGCCAUCCCCGGCAUCAACGCCACAGUGGACUGCCAGCUACACGCCGCAUCGCGGCGGUGCGUGCGGGUGGACAGCAUCAACUCCUUCAUCCCCCUGUUCAGUAACGGGACAGUCGCUUUGGCUAGCAUGGUGGUGCAGGGCGCGCAGCAGGACUUGCUCGCAGCGGUGACCAAGUUGAACUGCACGGAGCAGCAGGCAGGCAGCAGCGCGGAGGCGUGGUUCGGCGAGUCGGCGGAUGACGUGCGGGACCUGUAUGGCGAAUACGACGCCUUUCUUCUGGCAGUCGGCAGCGCGAGCAGCCAUGGAGGCUCUCGGGCCGGGCGGCAGCAGCGUGUACGACGCGGCGCCCAUGCGGUCUUACCUCAUGCCCGGCGACAACGCAACACACGCCUGCAUAGGAACGGGAUGGCGGUCGUGUCGAAGGACGAGGUGUUCCUAAGGCGGCCGCCGCUGUGGCUGGCCUUGCACGUCCUGAUUCAUCAAAUCAGUAAGUUCCUCGACAUGCGGUACGUGGGCGGCGGCCUGCACGGCGAGACGCAGCUGCUGGACGUCAGGGCGCGGGCGGCCAACGGUAUGGACGCCGUCGUUAGGAGCGCCAAGCUGGUAUUCGGUGUAGGGCCUGGGCCCGACCCUGCCAACGACGAGCUUGUGGCGGGGCCCAUGCCCCCAAAGUAGUGGGCAAUCUGCCCCGAAUCGUUGCCCAGCUCUUGAAUUUUGUACAAUGGGACCCUUGCACGUCGGCAUGAGCGUGAUACACAUUGUCACGCCCCAGCGGGUUACCUAGCAUGUCGUGUCACCGUGCUGUGUUUAGCUGUGCCAAUGCGCGUACGGCAGACAGAAGGGCAAGACCCGGGGUUCCGCAAGGGGCUGUGAGGGGAGUUCCCGGUCGUGCCAGCAGCGUGUGUCAUGUGCUGUGUUCGUAGGACCGGGUGGCUGAGCCGUCUGACUGGGCUCAGGCCGCCGCGUUUCCUAGUGUAUCGUGUAUGCUGUGUUGCCUUAGCCUCGUGUGUUUGGGCGCCAGUCGUUAGCGGUCAGGCUAGACUGGUGGGCGGUAUCUGGCCUGGCCCGCGUCCCAUGCGGAUUUGGCGAGGUUAGCGCGUGAGAGAGCUCAAGCAAGCUUGUCUUUGCUUGAGCUACUUGAACGACCUUGCAUUUAGCGAAUUCAGGGUCAAAGACCCGUCAAAGCAGCCACGUAAGGCCGCCGAAGAAUUGUAAACUACCGAGACGGAGCACGUGUUGUCCGUCGACCGCCUGUUCUGCUGGUCCGCGGAGCAAGGGACCUAGGCAGACCAGCGGGGCACGUGCGGGUUACAUCAGCACACGGGAAGGCGUGACAACAUGAGAGCGCAUGAGCAUUGAGCGCCAGUUCCCUUGCAUAUAUACGGGGGUUGACUUACGAUCAUGCAACCUUUGUUGCUUGGAUAGAAUAUAAUGGGCAGUCACGCAAAUGCAUGAGUCAAGAUGUGUUGGACUAGGAGCUGGUGCCGUGGGCAGAUGAGUCGUGGCAGGUGCAGGUACCGUGUGUGGGCAUGGCACGUGCGUUCUGGCGCGUGAGCAGGCAGCUGGUAGGAGCGUGUACCAUGUCGGUGCAUAUGGGCUGGUCGUGCUGCCAGCUAGCCUUGCUCCCAAUCGUACUGAGGAAGCCGUGCUGCAUGUUCACGGUUAGAUGCGAGGCUCAGUUGCCGCAGGGCCCGGAUGUGGAAUGACGCGGGUCCGUAAAGUAAAGUUGCGACCUCAAUGCCGAAGAAAUGCCCCAUGUUCAUCACCUGCGGCGAGGUGGCCGAGCGGUCUAAGGCGCUAGUUUCAGGCACAAACCAGAUUUCUGGUGGGAAGCUACUAGUCCGAAAGGGCGUGAGUUCAAAUCUCACCCUCGUCAGUUUUGCCAGUUGGGGAGUUGAAUUCCAUGGCGUCAUGCUGCAACGGCAUUCGGUGAUACCGUUCUGGACUGCAGCGCCAACUGUGCAGAGCGGGCCCAUGGACUGGGCCGCAGUGCUCUACAACACGUGGGCGGGGAGAUUGUCCAAGGAAA